AUGAGUGUCGUCGGUGAGCUUUUGAAGGUACCCCAAAGCUCGCCACUUUACCAAUGGAGUGUCGAGACCUACAUUAACCACUGGGAUCCGAGAUAUCAUCAUCGAAAACCGAUUCCCGAUACCCCGAUUGACUUCUUCCACGAUGUGGCUCAAGGUCACAUUCUGAAGACCAUUGAAGGUCAGAGUCUUCCUUGCAAAUGUUGCCACGAUCCUUGUCGUUGGCACGAACACCUGGACGAAGAAGAAUGGGAGAAGAACUGCCAAAGCCACGACGCUACCCUCACCAAGCCCGAUCCUUCAACUUACCGCAAGCCACCUAGACGAUCAUGA